AUGCGUAGUACCCGGAAGGACACAGAUGUUUUGCAAAGCUCCAGAGACCUCAUUUCUUCUUCCGCUAAAUGUUUAGAUGAACUCAUUACUUCUCUCUUCGAGGACAGGAAGGGGUUGCAGUCGCCCACUUCUUCUAAAGACCUUUACAACGACAUUCACAUUGCCCUUCGCUCUCUGUGCACUUGCUCUCGCCCUGGGCCUGGUCAUUGGAAAGACGUGGAUUCGAGAAUGCAUAAAAUAAUUCGGACAAAAUUAAAACUUCUUGUUUUCCUCCAGAAGAUUUUAUCAGGUGUUUACAUCCAGUGCCAAAGUCUUUCUAAUGAGAGCAGAAGUCAAGUAUUUAAACCUCCGACUUCUCAGGACGAGCUGCUCAUAUCGGACUCAGAGCUUCAGACUUUAUUCACUCAGGGAUAUGAAGACGUUAUUCUCAUCCACACCCACUACAGCCGUCUCAACCACAUCUUGUCUGGAGCUGAGCAGAAUACAGCCCUCCAUGAUGACUCGCCUAAAGGUAAUAAAAGUAUUCCAAAAUCAGACCGAACAUCGAUCCACAAAAACCUCUUCAUUGCUCUGAUCUGUGCUCAAGUGAUCCUUCUCUGCAGCGGCUCAGCCAUCCACAACAAGGUAUUUACAGAACUAUGCAAUAGAUAUUAUUAUUCUACACAGAGUAUUCUGGGAGAUGAGUAG